AUGUCCGCAGCACUCCGAGAAAUCCGAUUCCACCUGUGCCAGAACGGCUCCUCGUCGGCUCCCCUGCGACAGUUUGUCAAGAACCAGAUUGGUGCCUUCCAGAAGGCCAACCCUUCCACCAAGGUGCUGGUUCGAGAGGCCAACGGAGUCAAGCCCAUUGUUUUUGCCCGGUUUGACCACGGCCAUGAGUCCAAGAUUGGUCUCGACGUGUCUUCCGAGAAGGAGGUCGCCGAGCGAGUCAAGUCUCUGAUCGAGGCUAAGUAG